GACUCGUGAUAUACCUUUAAACGGUGUCGUUUGCGGAGGGUAAACUUCCAACACCUCCAACCCUGAUUCUGCAACCAAGCUCUUUCCCCAGAACUCACCUCCGUCUCUCUCUCUCUCUCUCUCUCUCUCUCUCCAUCGCAUUAUGGUUCUUCCAAUUCAGAUGAUGUGUGUAGGCUAUAUUUAAUAACCCAGGCAGUUUUCAUAUAAUGAAAGUCGCUUACCAUAAUCACCGCUGGUUCUCUACGUCGCCUUCUAUGGCGUCUUCUUCAAUUCCAUGGAUUUCCCCACUUCAGUUUCUCAAAACCACCUCCCCAAAACCAGACCUUCCUACCGAAACCAUGACUAGUUUAGUGGAAGCUCGAAGGAAACCCAAAUUUAUCUCUCAUGAGUCUGCCGUCAACUUGAUCAAGCGUGAGAGGGAUCCACAACAUGCCCUGGAGAUAUUUAACAAGGUAUCAGAUCAAAGGGGUUUUAAUCACAAUAAUGCUACGUAUGCAACUAUUCUUGAUAAGCUUGCUCGGUCCAAGAAAUUUCAGGCAGUUGAUGCGAUUCUUCAUCAGAUGAAAUACGAGACUUGCAGAUUUCAUGAGGGCGUAUUCCUUAAUCUCAUGAAACAUUUCUCGAAAUCCUCUCUUCAUGAGAGAGUGCUUGAGAUGUUCAAUGCCAUCCAGACAAUUGUUCGCCAAAAGCCCUCCCUUAAAGCCAUCAGCACUUGUCUCAAUCUCCUGAUUGAAUCGAAUCAGGUUGAUUUGGCAAGAACGUUCCUUGUGAAUUCAAAGAAGAAUCUCAACUUGGAGCCUAACACCUGCAUUUUCAACAUCUUGGUUAAACAUCACUGCAAGAAUGGGGAUCUCGAAUCUGCUUUUCAAGUGGUGGAAGAGAUGAAAAUGUCUAAAAUUUCUUAUCCUAACUUGAUCACCUAUUCAACUAUGAUGGAUGGUCUUUGUGCAAGUGGAAAACUCGAAGAAGCAGUUGACCUGUUUGAGGAAAUGGUCUCAAAAGAUCAGAUCUUGCCUGAUGCUUUAACAUACAAUGUUUUGAUCAAUGGGUUUAGCUGCAGGGGAAAAGUUGACCGGGCCAAGAAAAUAAUUGAAUUCAUGAAUAAGAAUGGUUGCAACCCAAACGUGUUCAAUUACUCGGCCUUAAUGAAUGGGUUUUGUAAGGAAGGAAGAUUGCAGGAGGCCAAUGAAGCUUUUAAUGAGAUGAAGAGGAUUGGUCUGAAACCCGAUACAGUUGGUUAUACCACUUUGAUUGAUAGCUUUUGUAAGGCUGGGAAAAUGGAUGAAGCUAUGGAGUUGCUCAAAGAGAUGAAGGAAAAAGAAUGCAGAGCUGAUACUGUAACCUUCAAUGUGGUAAUUGGAGGAUUGUGCAGACAAGGUAGGUUCGAGGAGGCUCUUCGGAUGCUUUAUAAGCUACCUAAUGAGUGUGUUUACCUGAACAAAGCAAGUUACAGGAUUGUGUUGAAUUUUUUGUGCAAGGAAGGGGAAUUAGGUAAGGCAGUUGAGUUGUUGUGUUUGAUGCUGAGUAGGGGAUUUGUGCCACAUUUUGCAACUUCAAAUGAGUUAUUGGUUCGUCUCUGUGAGGCUGGAAAGGUAGCUGAUGCUGCGAUGGUAUUAUUUGGAUUGGUAGAGAUGGGGUUCAAACCAGAGCCUGAUUCAUGGAGCCUUUUGGUUGACUUGAUAUGCAGAGAAAGAAAGUUGUUGCCUGCAUUUGAACUACUGGAUGAGUUAGUUUUAGUGGAACAGUGAAUUAGUCAGUGAUUUACUCUAGAGAAGUGACAGGAAUUUUGGUUUUUGACAUGAAUAAAGCUGAUAAAGAUGGGCAACAGUAAUGGAAAAGAAGAAUAACAGCAGGCGUGGUUGGUCACAUGAACUUGCACUACACCACCGACUUUUGCCUCCGACUCCACCUUGUCGUUGCACUACACAGCCUUGAACAAUUACUCUGGAUGUGCCCCAUUCAAUUGAAAUAGAGAAGAGGUUGGAGUGCAAACAAUAACCCUGAUAUUAUUUCAUCCUCAGUUUUAUUGGUUGGAUGUUCGAAUUCAUUUAUUACCAAUACAACACUGACACAGUGACACCCAUUGAGCAAGCAGCUAUCAGACUUGGACUGUAGUCAUAUGUAAUUCAAGUCAAUUCUCACCAUGCCAGAACUUCAACAUGCCAACAUUGUCAAUGCCAAUGAAGUUACUUUUGUCCUUCCUUUUUUUCUUAAGCAUUGUUCUAACUUGAUUCUCUGUAAUCUAAUAGUCCAAACUCAAUUUAUAUAGUUUUGCCUUUUCUUCUUUUAUCUAAUUUUUAUAGAGAUAUGGUGACUGUUAUGAAUCAAAAUUAUUCAGCUGGUUCAUACUAAUUUUAAGUGUAUUUUCCGGAACUGAGGCAAUUUUAAGUAA